AUGGCCAGACUCUACCCAAGCCUCCUGCUCCUGGUGGCCAGCAUGGUCCUUGUGUCCAGAGCUGCGCAUGCCUGGGGCACGCCAAAGGUAGUGAGAGAAUUCGAAGACAUCCCGGAAAACUACGUGUACGUGCAGCAGGCGCUGUGGUUCGCCAUGAAGGAGUAUAACAAGGCCAGCAGAGACGCCUACAGCUUCAAGGUGGAGAAGGUCCUGAAGUCCCAGGAGCAGGUCACAGAUGGUUUGGACUACUUUCUCCAAGUCCAAAUUGCCCGAACAGUGUGCAAGAGAACUUCAGAGGAAAACGUAAACUGCCCAUUCCAACAGGAUCCCCAAAUGAAAAAGAUGUUUCUUUGCACCUUUAUCAUUGCAACCAAACCCUGGGUGUUUGAACUCACUAUGUUGAAGAAUCAAUGCAAAGAUGUCUAA